UGUUCCUCACUUGAGCGGGUGUCUUUUAUAAAUAAAGCGGCGUGGAUGGUUGUGAAUGUAAAUUACAUAUUCCUCAUCAGCCCGCCGUAACGACUUUAGAGUUAAGUAAGAGUGUAAAAGAUGAAUCCGGGUGGUCGCAGACUAAAACAGUGGCUUAUAGAACAGAUCGACAGUAACAUCUAUAAUGGACUGCUAUGGGAGGAUGAGAACCGCACCAUGUUCAGAAUCCCCUGGAAACAUGCAGGAAAACAAGACUACAACCAGGAGGUGGAUGCGUCCAUCUUCAAAGCGUGGGCGAUAUUUAAAGGGAAGUUUAAGGAGGGGGAUAAAGCUGAACCAGCGACAUGGAAGACCAGAUUGCGCUGUGCACUCAACAAGAGCCCAGAUUUUGAGGAAGUUACUGACCGAUCCCAGCUUGACAUCUCUGAGCCUUACAAAGUGUACCGGAUUGUGCCAGAGGAAGAACAGAAGUUGGGUAAAGUCACAGUCUCUGCCCUUUCUGGCUGCAGCACUGAUACUGAAAAGGGCUGCUCACCAAACCUGGAUGAACUUCUUAAAGAGUCUCCAAAUGAUGAAUACAUGGGCAUCCUGAAGCGUAGUCAUUCUCCCCUUGAUGAAGGCAGUAACAUGCCUUCAGUGCAGGAAUGGUGGCAGCAGGGAUCUCACAAUGCUGCUGUUGUUCAUCAAGAUCCUGCGGGUACAUUCAAUGCUGCAUUCUCUCAGAUGAUGAUUUGUUUCUACUAUGGAGGUCGGCUGGUGGGCAGCACGGUUACCACUCAUCCAGAGGGCUGCCGUAUCUCCCCCUGCCAGCCCCCUCUGGCUAGCGGCUUCUUGUAUGGACCAGACAGCCUUCAGAAUAUCCGCUUCCCAUCUGCUGAUCUCAUUGAGAACGAGCGUCAGCGUCACAUCACCCUUAAACUUUUUAGUCAUUUGGAGCGUGGCAUACUGCUGCGUGCUAACAGAGAGGGCAUUUUUAUCAAGCGUCUGUGCCAGAGCAGAGUGUUCUGGAGUGGCCAGGACCCUCAGUAUAACCCCAACCCCUGUAAACUGGAGCGAGAUGCUGUGGUGAAGAUCUUUGACACUGCCAGGUUCCUGCAAGUGCUGCAGUUAUUUCAGGAGGGUCAUUAUCAGUCUCUGGAGCCCACUGUCACACUCUGUUUUGGGGAAGAGUUUAAUGAUUUCAGCACUGUCAAGAGCAAAUUAAUCAUUGUGCAGAUCACAGCAUUGAACUGCCAGCAGUUGGUGGAUGCAGUGACCGCCCGGCGAUCCCAGUACAGCAGCGGGAAUCUGGAAAUCUCAGAUGACAUGGCCGGUGAUCAGAUGGCUCGAAUAUAUCAGGAUCUAUGCAGCUACCCAGUUCCCCAACGAGCUUCCUGUUUCAGGGACAACCUGCCGAUUCCAGUCUGAGGCAGAUAUCCGAGCCAGCUAUGUCUCAAAGAAUGAGUUAGUUCAUAUGUUGACCCAAAGUGAUGCCUUUACAAUUUUAUUACAUAAAAAAUGAUUGACUUUUAGGUGUGCCGUCUGUCUGUAUAGCAUCCUGUUCUCUCAGGGCAGAAAAUAGUAUCCGACAGAAGGUUUGCAAUGUUCUCAGGGAUGAUGUACUCAUUUGUUAGAGGAAAUUAAAUUUCUUUGUCUUUGUGUAUAUUUUAGUGUUUCCAGAAUGUUUUUUUUUUUUGGCCAAAACAUUGAACUUUAUCUGUUAUUUUUUUUACUAUUCACUGUCAAGUUGAUAGGUUUUACUAUCCUUAUUUUGAUAUUCUUUAUUUUCAUAACUUUUAAGAAAUGCAAUUCUGAGUUGGGUGGAGACUAAAUAUCAAAUGAGAAAUCUAUGAAUAAUUAAAGAAAUUUAAAAUAAGCAGGUUGUCUGGCUAUUGAUUUUUAUGUUCUGAGACCAACCAUAUGGGCCAUUCUACAGAACUGGUCAAAACUGCUGUCCCUUAUCCAAAAACACAUUUAAAAAGCAUUUAAGUAUUUAAAUCUUAGAUGUUUACUAAGAUCCGUCUAUUAU